AUGAACCCUGGAAACCCUGAAUUCCGUCCGACGCCUCUCUUGCGAUUCCCAUGGCGUCUACCUGCUUCCGUUCCCUAACACGCGCCUCCAGAUCCUUCGUUACCAAACCCAGAGUCACCACGCGGUCUCCCUCCUCCUCCUUCGUGGUCUCCGACGCUGGUGCCACCGCGCUUCCGUCAUCCGCCUCGGCGCGUCCUCCUACGGCUCGCCGCUUCCCAUCGUUCUCCAGGUCUCUUGCGGAAUUGCGAUGUUGCAGCGGAUCUCUGUUCCCGCUCCACAGUGCCGUGGCGGCAGCGAGGUUGACUUCUUGCUUGAGCUCGACAUCUCGGAGCUGUCGUUCUCUUUCACAGGGCACAUGACGAGGCAGUGCUUGAAAGGAACAAACUUGGGAUUUGCUGGGUCUGCAGAUUAAGCUUUAUACAACAUCCAGUACGGAAAUAUUAUUAACGCACAACAAAGCACAAACUACUAUUUUCUUAUCUAAUUUGGUGAUGAAAGAUUGCUUUUGUACCAGUUCCUUGUGAUUCAACAUUGUCAUGUUAAGAUGAUAAAGUUUAGAUGGUUCGAUUUAGAUUUAUAUAGAAAUGCAUUGGUAUCAUGUAGAAAAUGCUGUAUAGAUGAUAUAUAUGAUACGUCAUCACUAAUGUUUAGUGAAUCAUCUUGGCUACAUUAUGUUUGGCAAAUCAUCUUGACAUUCAUGGUUGUACCUUUCCGAUAUCUGGUGAGAUAAGUUGGUUGUCAUAAACUUGUAUAUAUAGUAACAUUGAGUUUUGCUGUUUAAGAUUGUUUCA